AUGGCGAACAACAGUCAGUGCACAGCUGCUAAAAUAACUGAUCUCUACGAAUUGAAAGAAGAAUUAGGAAAGGGAGCUUUUUCCAUUGUUCGACGAUGCACUCAGAAGAAAACAGGAUAUGAAUUUGCUGCAAAAAUCAUCAAUACUAAGAAAUUAUCAGCUAGAGAUCACCAGAAACUUGAAAGAGAGGCCAGAAUUUGCAGACUGUUGAAACAUCCGAAUAUUGUACGUCUACACGACAGUAUACAAGAUGAAGGCUUUCAUUAUCUAAUAUUUGAUCUAGUUACUGGGGGUGAGUUGUUUGAAGAUAUUGUUGCCAGAGAAUUUUACAGCGAAUCAGAUGCAAGUAACUGUAUGCAACAAAUUCUUGAGAGUGUUGAUUACUGCCAUCAAAUGAAUAUUGUUCACAGAGAUCUUAAACCAGAAAACUUACUGCUAGCGAGCAAAAUGAAUGGAGCAGCAGUCAAGUUAGCAGAUUUUGGGCUUGCCAUCGAGGUUCAAGGCGACCAACAGUCAUGGUUUGGAUUUGCUGGUACACCAGGAUAUUUAUCACCAGAGGUGCUUCGUAAAGAACCUUAUGGCAAAACAGUGGAUGUUUGGGCAUGCGGAGUGAUUCUGUACAUCUUGCUGGUGGGCUAUCCUCCAUUUUGGGACGAGGACCAGCACCGGCUCUACGCUCAGAUUAAAGCUGGAGCAUUUGAUUAUCCUUCCCCCGAAUGGGACACAGUUACUGCAGAAGCGAAGAACCUCAUAAACAGCAUGCUGACAGUCAAUCCUGCUAAGAGAAUCACAGCUGCUCAGGCCCUCAAACAUCCAUGGAUUAGUCAAAGGGAGAGAGUGGCGGCCAUGGUGCAUAGACAGCAGACUGUUGACUCGCUGAGGAAGUUCAAUGCCAGAAGGAAAUUAAAAGGUGCUAUACUAACAACCAUGCUCGCCACGUGCAACUUCUCAAGAGCAAUAAUCAAAUUAACGGAGAAGAUAACAUCAGCCAUGAUCACUGGAGAUUACGAUCUCUUCACUCGGUUGGCCGAUCCUCAGAUGACUUGCUUUCUGCCAGAAUCCAGCGGCAACCUAAUCGAGGGAGUCUCAUUCCACAAGUUCUACUUCGAUAAUGUUGACCAGAGAAUUAACAAGCCAGCAAACACUUAUAUCUUAAACCCGCAUGUGUAUUUUCUAUCUGAAGAUGCUGCUUUCAUCGCUUACAAGAGGCUCACACAACUAAUCGACAAGAAUGGUGCCCCACUGACGGUGCACUCGGAGGAGACCCGCAUCUGGCAGAGGCAGUCAGCUGGCUGGGUCAGUGUGCACUACCAUUGCUCAGCUGGCAGUUCACUCUCCAAUGAAAAGCUUUCAAACAAAUGA